UCCUUAUUGUAAAUGAAGGGAUUUUUUAUCAGUAAACUUUUCCAGCAAGAUGUUUUGCAUAAGACUAGUUGAAAUGUUUAAUCUUUGAUGCAUUUAACAUUGGUCGCUAUGAACCUGAAGCUCUGGAUGGUUGUCCAGAGGGGUAUAUGCAGAUGUCUGAACUUGGUCGACCAUUUAUUGGUGGUUCAUGGUGUGGACAUAGUACAGGAUAUGCUGUUUAUUAUAGUGAAACCAGCACUAUAACUGUCAGUAUUAAGGUGUUUCAUGCACCACUGAGGGCAGCUACUGCAUUUGAAUUUAAAAUUCGAUUCAAAUUUAUUUCACAAAGUGAAGCUGUUGUAAGAUUUGGGUCAGCAUCAAAACCAUUAGAACGUGGUAGAGUUUCUCCAGGUACUUAUUGUACACGCCAAUUUGAAGAGUGUUAUAGGAAAACAUGUCGUCUUCAAAGUCCAAAUUAUCCUGGCAUGUAUCCUCGAAAUGUUACAUGUUACUGGAGUUUAAGACAGAAAGCUGUACCUACUUGCAAGCAUGCCAUGGUUUCAGUGAAACAGAAUCUUGAACAAAAGGUGCAAAUGAAAAGAUCAAUUUCAGCAAGCUUAAACAGAACUAGCAAGGUUUUGCGCACUUGGCAAGACUGCACUGGUGAAAGAGAUUAUCUCAUAUUUUAUGAUGGGACCUCAACAGAUGAUCCAGUUCUUAUAAAAUACUGUGGCGGAGAUUGGUUGCCCCAGAUAGUUUCUAGAGGCCCUGAAAUGCUGGUGGCUUUUCAUUCUUCUCCUUACAGUAUACCUUUACAUGCAUCAACACCGAUGAGAGGGUUUGAGUUAGAUGUUGAUAUUAUUUUUUCGGAUUCAUAUUCCUUGGAUUUCUCAUCAGAUCCAAAAGCAUGUAUAUUUCACAUUAAUGCUUCUGAUCCAGAUGGUGUCAGUAUUGAACUGAAACGUGGUCGAAUGGGAAAAAUUUUGAGUCCUAGACAUACUUUACCUCCAAAUACAACAUGCACUUAUAGAUUUCAUGGCCAAGAGAAUGAUUUGAUAUGGUUGUAUUUUGUUAAUUACAAUAAUCAUUUAUUGAUCCCACCAAAGUCCAGUAAUGAUUCCAACUCAAAGACAAUAUAUGCUAAACCCUUACCUGUUUGUCUUACUCGAUUGAAAAUUUGGGAUGGUAAAGGUAAAGAAGACCCAUUAUCUCAAGUAAUUGCUGAUCAUUGUGACAAUGAUACUCCUAAAAUGUGUGACCAUAUAUCACUUAGCAAUCAAACUCGCAUUACAAGACCUUGUACAAUAGCUGAAAGUUAUAUAAGUACUGGUAAUGAAAUGGUUAUUCAAACACACACUCAUCAGGGUACAGCAUUACAUCAGAGCACAUUCAAAAUUAUUUAUGAGUUUGUUGAUACCAGAUUGCCAGGUGAACCAUGGAUUGGUCGAAAAGAAGAUAAUUUUUCAAGCAAAUGUUCUAGAGUUUUUAGAAAUAAGAAAAAGGGUACUGUUGGAUUGCCCAGGAAUGUCUUUAUGUACGGUCGCGGAGGUGCCAGUAAUUUAAGCUGCUUGUAUAGAUUUGAAGCUCCAGCUGGUGAACGAAUUCGAUUAGAAAUAAACAAUAUUUCGUUUGGUAAAAAUUUGGAAUGUUAUACAGACUCAGAUUUUCAUGUAAACCGUCCAAAAUGUGUGUAUUUAAAUGAUAGUGAGUCUAAGGGACCUGAACUUAAUCUUUAUGAUAUACAUUGGAAUGAUUUUCGUCUUCACAAGGCUUGCAUAUGUGAUAAUGCUACUUUGUUUGAAACAAGCAAUUCGCCAAUAACAUUUCAGUCAUCUUCCAAUGUUAUGGAAUUACGUUUUGAUGCAAAUAAACUAAAUAUUUCAGAGGAUUUUUUAGAUAUAUUCUUUCAAGUAACAUAUAAAAUGAUACGUGUACCGGACUGUUCAAGAAAUCAACAUUUAACUGGCCCUGGAGGCGAGGUACAUGUUACUUGGCCUCCUCAAUCAAGGCAUGAAGUAAAUUGUGAAGGUAUCCCCUGGUUGCUGGAAGCACAACAUGAUAAAAGUUUAUUUAUUUUAACUUGGGGUACUCAAUUGAUGUUAAAUCCAACACCAGAAGAUCACUCUAAAUGUCCUACUAAAAAUCGUUUCAUUGUGUUCACGGGGAAGCCUCCAAGGCCUGUGCAAAUAAUUUGUCCUUCGGAGUUGCGAUCUCCUCAAUUUUUGCUUUACUUAUUCAGUGAUGAAUUAAAUACUGCCAAUACUGAACAAAUGCCUUCAAUAAAUAAGCAAACUGCCCAUUAUAUUCUAGUAGAACUGAUUGUCCGAGAGGCUGGUGCUAUUACGUUUAAUUGGUUAGAAAUAUCUAGAACAAAGAGUUCUUUGCUAAAACAAUUAGAUUUGCCAGCAAAUUUAACCGUGAACGAUACGCAAAACAUUUAUCCUCGUGAAGAAGAAUGUGCUUAUAAAUGCCCCGAGAUUGAUGCCUGUAUUGGAUCCAAUCUUUGGUGUAAUGGGGUUGUGAAUUGUCCAUCAGGUUUUGAUGAAUUUGAGAUUAAUUGCGGACAUGCUUCGAAUAUAUUUAAUUAUCUUCCCGGUGGUUUGUUUGCCAGUAUAGCCUGCGCUUCAGCUGUAGCAGUGGUUUGGCUGUUAUACUUAAUAUUAGUAAUAGCGAGGCGAAACAAUAAACUGAGUAAGAAAAAAAAUCUUGGAAAAUUAAUCGAUAAGCGAACGGUUAAAGAAGAAAAACUGCACACACCGAAAUCCUGACGGCAGCCUCCAAACUCUGUCGAAUAUAUUCAUGUCGACAGAGAAACUACAGUGUGAUCUAUUAAAAAUAGAACUUGGACAUUUAAAUUAAUGUAUCUGAGUUUAAAAUAUUUUUAAAUCUCUUAGG